GCCGCUUCAUCAUAUCGCGAUAGACACCAUCGGUCCGCGGAGCUGAAGCAGAGCAACAUGGCGGAAGAGGAGGUGGCCAAGCUGCAGAAGCACCUGGCCCUGCUGAGGCAGGAGUACGUUAAGAUGCAGCAGAGGCUGGCCGACACGGAGAGGCGCUGCGCCAUGCUUGCCGCGCAGACUUCCAGCCCGGCUUCCCCCAGCUCUGCAGACGCCGACACCUUCAUCAGCCGCCUGCUGGAAUUUGUGGCCAACCUCUAUCAGCAGGAACACUACAGCGACGUGAAGGUGAAAGUGGCGGGGGAUCAGUACUGUGCCCAUAAGUUUGUGCUGGCUGCUCGCAGUGAUACCUGGAGCUUGGCCAACCUGGCAUCCACCACUGAACUGGACCUUACUGAUUGCAAAGCUGAGGUGGCUCUGGCCAUGCUGCAUUGGGUCUACACAGACCAGCUGGAACUCAGCAAGGAUGAUGCUUUCCUCGUUGACCUGAUGAAGCUAGCCAACCGCUUUCAGCUCCACCUGCUCAGAGAACGGUGUGAAAAAGGUGUGAUGUCAUCUGUAAAUGUGAGGAACUGCAUUCGCUUCUACCAAACGGCUGAGGAGCUAAACGCCACCACUCUAAUGAACUACUGUGGAGAGAUCAUCGCCAGUCACUGGGAUGAUCUGCGGAAGGAGGACUUCAGUACCAUGAGUGCCCAACUUUUGUACAAGAUGAUCAAAUCGAAAACAGAGUACCCUCUCCACAAAGCCAUCAAAGUCGAGCGUGAAGACGUGGUCUUUUUGUAUCUCAUAGAGAUGGAUUCACAGGUGGGAUAUCUUCCACCCUUGUCUUCAUUGGUUCUGUCGUUGAAGGAUGGGGAUGAGUUUGCCUCCAUCUUCCUGAUUCGCCACUCCGCUCAGGUGAACGCGGCCACAGUGGGGGCCGUGGAAACCCCUCUGCAUUUAGUCUGCUCCUUCAGUCCCAAGAAACACAGCGCAGAGACGAUGAGCAGCAUGGCGCGGAUCGCAGAGGCUCUGCUCAAAGCCGGGGCCAACCCCAACAUGCAGAACAGCAAAGGCAGGACUCCGCUGCAUGAGGCCGUGGCGUCGGGGAACGAGGCGGUGUUCAACCAGCUGCUGCAGUGCAAACAACUUGACCUGGAACUGAAAGACCAUGAGGGCAGCACAGCUCUGUGGCUGGGUCUGCAGCACAUCACCAUGUCCUCAGACCUCUCUGUGAACCCAUUCGAGGACGACGCCCCGGUCUUAAACGGGACCUCAUUCAAUGAGAACGGCUUCGCAGCUCAGCUCAUCAAGAGAGGAAGUAAUCCUGACGCACCCGACGCUGCCACAGGAAACUGUCUUAUGCAAAGAGCAGCUCGCGCCGGCAAUGAGGCUGCGGCUCUUUUCUUAGCAACCCAUGGGGCAAAGGUCAACCACAUCAAUAAAUGGGGAGAGAGCCCGCUUCACACGGCAUGUCGCUCGGGCCUGGCAGGCCUGACUGCCGAGCUGCUCCAGCAAGGUGCCAACCCUAACCUGCAGACCCAGAAGGCUCUGCCUGAGGACGGCCAGGGCGUGGCUCUGCAGACGCCACUCCACAUGGCCAUCGCCCACAACCACCCAGACGUCGUCUCUGUCAUUUUGGAACAAAAAGCUAAUGCACUUCACGCAACCAACAACCUCCAGAUCAUUCCAGACUUCAGUCUAAAAGACUCCAUGGACCAGACGGUUCUGGGUCUGGCUCUCUGGACGGGUAUGCACACUAUUGCGGCCCAGCUGCUGGGUUCUGGGGCCUCGAUCAAUGACACUAUGUCCAACGGACAAACUCUGCUCCACAUGGCCAUCCAAAGACAGGACAGCAAGAGCGCCCUCUUUCUCCUGGAACAUCAGGCAGACAUCAAUGUCAGAACACAAGAGGGACAAACGGCACUACAGCUGGCCAUCAGCAACCAGCUGCCGCUCGUGGUGGACGCCAUCUGCACCAGAGGGGCUGACAUGACGAUUCCAGAUGAAAAAGGGGAUCCUCCGUUAUGGCUGGCUCUGGAGAAUGGCCUGGAAGAUAUUGCAUCCACGCUGGUACGUCAUGGCUGCGAUGCCACCUGUUGGAGUCAGGGUCCCUCUGGCUGCAUGCAGACGCUCCUGCACCGAGCCGUGGACGAGAACAAUGAGGUCUCUGCUUGCUUCCUCAUCCGCAGUGGGUGUGAUGUAAACAGCCCAAGGCGACCUGGUCCUAAUGGGGAAGGAGACGAAGAAGCCAGAGAUGGACAAUCGCCCCUCCACCUGGCGAGCAGCUGGGGUCUGGAGGACGUGGUGCAGUGCCUUUUGGAGUUUGGAGCUAAUGUCAAUGCACAAGAUGCAGAGGGCAGAGCUCCCAUCCACGCUGCUAUUAGCAACCAGCACAACGUCAUCAUCCAGCUCCUCAUUUCCCAUCCAGACAUUCGGCUCAACCUCCGCGAUCGCCAAGGAAUGACACCGUUUGCCUGCGCCAUGACGCACAAAAACAACAAAGCUGCUGAAGCCAUCCUAAAGCGGGAGCCAGGUGCUGCUGAGCAGGUGGACAACAAAGGGAGGAACUUCCUCCACGUAGCUGUUCAAAACUCGGACAUCGAAAGCGUCCUGUUCCUCAUCAGCGUCCAAGCCAAUGUCAACUCCAGAGUUCAGGACUCUGCCAAACUCACGCCUCUUCACCUGGCCGUGCAGACUGGCUCCGAGAUCAUCGUCCGCAACCUGCUUCUUGCAGGAGCCAAAGUUAACGAGCUGACCAAGCACAGGCAGACGGCGCUGCACCUGGCUGCCCAGCAGGACCAGGCCACUAUUUGCUCCGUACUGCUGGAGAAUGGCAUCGAUUUUGCUGCUGAGGAUGAAAAUGGCAACAACGCUCUGCAUCUGGCUGUGAUGCAGGGCCGCCUUAACAAUGUCAGAACCCUUCUCACAGAGUCCAACGUUGAUGCCGAGGCCUUCAAUCUCAGGGGUCAGUCACCGAUGCACGUGCUGGGCCAUUAUGGUAAAGAGAACGCGGCAGCCAUCUUUGAGUUAUUCCUGGAGUGUAUGCCAGAAUAUCCUCUAGACAAGCCAGACGGAGACGGGAAUGCUGUUCUGCUUCUGGCCUACAUGAAAGGGAACGCCAACCUGUGCCGCGCCAUUGUGAGGGCCGGGGCCCGCCUGGGGGUCACAAACAAUCAGGGCAUCAAUAUUUUCAACUACCAAGUUGCAACAAAGCAGUUGCUUUUCCGCCUUCUAGAUAUGCUGUCCAAAGAGCCCCCUUGGUGUGAUGGGUCCAACUGCUACGAAUGCAACGCCAAGUUUGGCGUUACGACACGGAAACAUCACUGCCGCCAUUGUGGGCGCCUGUUGUGCCACAAGUGCUCUAUAAAGGAGAUUCCAAUCAUCAAGUUUGACCUGAACAAGCCAGUCCGAGUGUGCGACAUCUGCUUCGACGUACUGACUCUGGGCGGGGUGUCCUAAUGCCACGACCGGCAACUCUUCCAUCGGCCAUGGCCGACUCGCCACUGCUAUUCAGGAACACCAGGAGAACGAACGCCAGAAGCAGGAGAUUCUAAGGACCUCCAUCUUUCUACUACUCCGGCCUACGAGGAAAAGCUAUUAAUCUUCUAGAGGGAAACGUUUUCUGUUUGUCGGCUUCAAUCAAAGCAUCUUAAGGCAGAUAUGAGCAGCUCCACCAGCAGCAGGAUGGAGUUUCUCAAGAUCAGUGAUGUUUUUGCUCCUGUUAUUACAGGCAGAAAUCUGGAUCCUCCCAAAGCAGAACCACACAGCAUUAUGAAAUGAAUAAUUUAUAUAGAUUUAAUGAUUCAUGCAGUAAUCGGUCACAUUCACUUGAUUUUCUCAUAACUGACCCAAGCAAAGAAUUAAGGUUAUUAAAACAAACUGAAUUAAACAGAAGAGCUUUCAUAGUUGUUCCAGCAAAGAACAUGUUGAGUAAAUGGAAAUUUGAAAACCAUGCCAUCCAGAAAUGAAAGAAAAAUAGGAAAACUUCUAAAUAUCAAUGUUUUAAUAGUAACUUUGAUUUUUUUUUUUUUUUUUUUUUUGAGAUUGCGUUCUUUUCACGCUGUGUUCUGGUUUUGCAGAUUCUUUUCACUUUAAGUCCAAUUGGAAAGAUGGCUACUUAACCAAUGAGAUUGCAGCUCCUCACUGCAGAACAAACAUCCUGGAGAGAAUGUGAUCCGUAAAAUGCAAUCUGAAAAAGAGAAAUUUGGAAAAAUAACAUUAACUUUUUUUAAUAAACAUUUAGAAAAAAUAAAAUCGUAUUA